AUUCAUCAUUCUGUUUUGAAAUUUUGACAAGAGUUUAAUUUUUAUAUUAUUUAACUUUAAAAACUAAUUCAAGGUAAACUAAAUAAUAUGCGGUACAUCGUUGUCGUUAGUGUGGCUUUAGCAUGCCUGUUUUCGGUAGUCUCGGCGAAGCCUCCAUUACCUACCAAACCACAAAUUAACGUAGAUCCUGCAAAGUUAACAUUGCCUUUAACGUCAGCAACACGAUCACCAGAAUCGCUGUCAUUGAAAGUAUCCUUACAAGCAAAGUCAGAUGACCCAAAUGCUUGCCGAUGUUUCGUACCUGCUGUAUACUCGCCUGUCUGCGGGUCUGACAAUAAAGUUUAUGCAAACAAAUAUCUGUUAGAAUGUGAAAAUACGUGUUCCAAGAAAAAGUUACACGUUCGUCAUAAUGGAAAAUGCUAAAGAAAGGAUACGUAUCAUCAUGUAUAAUAAUAUAAUGUGGCCAAAUUCAAUAAAUGGAGACAUUUAAUAAAAUGUUA